AUGGUGGCCCAAUACAGCGACUUCAAGCCGUUUUUUGCGGACUACAAAAACAGUGGGGCAGUCUACAGGCCGUCGUCGGGUAGUCAAGUUGUUGAGGGCCACGCCAUCCUGCUGGUCGGGUAUGACAACGUUGAUAAGUUCUGGAUAGCGCGCAACUCGUGGGGCCCAGGCUUUGCUCAAGACGGCAACUUCAAGGCGCUGCCUGGCGACUACCUCUCGGGCGUGGCCGACCGCGUGGGUGUGCCGCUUGAGAAGCUGCUGCUGGACAACCUGGAUGCUGUGAAAGACCUUGACAAACCCCUGGCGGGCAAGAGGCUCGCAGUGUGCCCCCUGGGGGUGUCGCCGCCGGCACAGGCAGUGGCGCCAACCCCUGGCCCUGCACCUGCCCCUGCCCCGGCCCCAGCCGUCGCACGGGCGCCGGCAAAGGCGACGCCCUCGGAGUCUCGCGCAGCGCAGCUGCGUUCGCUGCUGGGGUUCAAGGCUGCAGUCGACAAGCAAGGGACGCUGGCGUGGUCGGCUGAGACGGGCGCAAACGCGGGUUACUGCGAUUUCCACGGCGUCACAUGCAACACACAGGGCAACGUGUUCAAAAUUUCGCUGUUCCAGGCCAAACUUGGGGGGAGGCUGCCCCCUGCAAGUGUGCUUGAAGGUCUCACAGCGCUGAGAACGAUUGACCUGCACACCAACGGCAUCAUCGGGACCCUGCCCUCAGACUGGGGCACCCUGGCCCAGCUGGAAAUCAUCAAAAUCGUCGUCAACCCCGGCAUCACGGGCCCACUCCCCCGCAGCUGGGCGGGGCUGGCGCGGCUCAAGGUCCUCGACCUACGCUCCAACAAGCUCACCGGCACGCUGAGCCCCAGUUUUGGCGCGGCUUGGCGAGCGAUGGAGGAGCUGGACCUGGACACCAACGGCUUCACGGGGCAGCUGCCCAAGGAGUGGACCGGGAUGGGCAGGCUCAAGAGGCUGCACCUCUAUACCAACAAGCUCACCGGCACGCUGAGCCCCGACUGGAGCACCGCCUGGCCGUCGAUGGAGGACCUGGACCUGGGCAUCAACGGCUUCACGGGGCCACUGCCCACGGAGUGGGUUAAGAUGACCAGGCUCAAGAGGCUGUAUCUCCAGUGA